AUGAAGUUCUUCAAAUCUCUCCUACUACUGGCCGCAUUGCCACAGGCGCUGUCCCUCAGCAAACGGAAAGACAACAAGUACUUCCACGAACCUGGCGGUGAUGCGCAUCUCGGCCAUUACGACGUUAGGUACUUCAGCCAGCAAGUGUCUUACGACGACCAUCGAAUUGUGCUCAGACAUCUCAUCCGCGCGUACCUCACAACUCUCGACAAGCUAGGCGCGGAGACCUGGAUCGCCCACGGAACCCUCCUAGGGUGGUGGUGGAACGGCCAGAUCAUGCCUUGGGACUACGAUGUUGAUGUUCAGAUGUCUACCGACACACUUCGCUUCCUCGGGAAGAAUUACAACCGCACCGAGCAUGCGUACAGCUACGUCGAAGAGAACGGCGAGACGAGAAACAAGACAUAUCUUCUCGACAUCAACCCCCACCAUAUCGACAUCGACAGGGGCGAUGGCCAGAAUAUCAUAGAUGCUCGCUGGAUCGACAUGGAGAACGGCAUGUUCGUCGAUAUCACAGGUGUCAUGGAGCGAGACCCUUCGAACAACCCCGGUGUUUGGAGCUGCAAGAACCACCACAAAUACCAGACUACCGAUCUAUUCCCCAUGCGAACCACCGAAUUUGAAGGCGUCAGAGCCAUUAUCCCAUACAAUUUCGAAAAAAUCCUAAUUAAUGAGUACGGCGCCAAGUCUCUGGCAACCACAUCAUGGCUAGGGCACGAAUGGGUAGCUGAGAAGAAGGAAUGGGUCAAGACGUUCGCUCAGAUCAAGAAGGAGCAAGAGGAUGCGAGAAAGAAGGCAGAGGAGCAGAAGAAGAAGGAAGAGGAAGAAGAGAAAAAGAAGAAGGAGGAAGAAGAGAAGAAGAAGAAGGAAGAAGAGGAAAACAAAAGGCAGCAAGAGGACGAGAACCUGACCGAGGAAGAGAGGAAGAAGCGCGACGAAGAGGAGAAGAAAAGACGGGAGGAGGCCGAUAACAAGAGACGACAGGACGAAGCCAGGAAGAGGCAGGAAGAUGAGAAGAGGAAGCAAGAUGCCGAAGAGAAGAAGAAGCGAGAAGAGGAGGAAAGGAAGAAGAAGGAAUCGGAAAUUCGCUUGAAGGCCCUCAAUGGAGCCUAG